AAUACUUAUUAAUGGAAAUGGUUGACCUGAAAUCGAUUGAGGAUGCAGCUAAGCGGAUCAAAGUUCAUGUACAUCUGACCCCAGUCAUGACCAGUGGAAUGAUAGACAAGAUGAUUCCUGGAAGAAACCUCUUUUUUAAAUGUGAACUUCUCCAGAAGACUGGCUCUUUUAAGAUUCGUGGCGCUUUAAAUGCAGUGUCAAAGUUUGUUGAACAUGUUGAAGGCAUAGCUGAGGAUCAGAAGAAGCCGAAAGUAGUCACAACUAGCUCAGGGAACUUUGGUCAAGGUUUAGCCUAUGCUGCCAAGCUGAAUAGCCUCGAUGCACAUAUAGUGAUGCCAGAGAAUGCUCCACAGUGCAAGGUUAAUGCAGUAAAGGGAUAUGGAGCAGAGGUAAUCACGUGCAAACCUACAGAAGAGUCGAGAAGGACAACUGCGGAGGAAGUACAGAAAAGGACCGGAGCUCAUUUCUUCUCUUCAUCUCAGAUGUAUGACGUCAUAGCAGGACAAGGUACCAUCGGUCUUGAGCUGUUAGAUCAGAUAACUGAUCUUGAUGCUGUAAUAGUACCAGUAGGAGGAGGUGGAAUGGUAGCUGGUAUCGCAGUUGCAUUGAAGAGCAAAAAUCCAGCAAUCAGAGUCUUUGCAGCUGAACCAAAAAAUGCAGAUGAUUGUUUCCGAUCAUUCAAAUCCAAGAAACUCAUCCCUCUACCACCGGGCCCAGUAGACACUAUAGCUGAUGGUAUGAGGGUUUCUAUUGGAGAGUUAACUUGGCCAAUCAUUGAGAAGUACGUUGAUGAUGUCAUCACGGUCACAGAAAAUGAGAUAAAGGAUGCAACUCGUUACAUAUGGCACUUUAUGAAGCUCUUCAUCGAACCUUCCGCUGGGGUAGGUGUUGCUGCAGCUCUAAGUCAGGAGUUCUCCCAAAAGUCCCAAGAUUUAAAGAAUAUUGCUGUCAUACUUUGCGGCGGCAAUGUGGACUUGGGCUCAGUUAAAGAUUGGUUAUGAUCAUAAGACUUGAUGAGACUUGGUUAUCUCUGAACAUGGUGAAGUUCGGGUGAUUUUUAAAGAUAAUCUUUGAAAUACUUUAGGCACUUAGGCCUAGAUUCAUGUAAAUACAAUUGCUUCUGAUGAAACCCUACUCCUUAUAACACAAAACUCUCCCGAGCCCCGUAGCAUAAAAAGGCUCGGUGUAAAAAUGGCAGAGGUAAAAAUGGCAGAGGUAAAAAUGGCAGAGGUAAAUAUGGCAAGGUAAAAAUGGCAGAGGUAUAUAAAUGACAGCGGUAAUAAUGGCAGAGGUAUAUAUGGUCAGUCUUAAACCCCCAUGCCAAAAAAUCUUAACGCCCCUCCAUGCAUUCAGUAGAUUAAAUAAGGAUGAGAAGAAUAUUGGAAUUUGACUAAUGGAAAGGGUAACAUUUUUUAACGAUACUGUAGAUCUUCUGCACCAAAUUGAUAACACUUGAGUUGGUAUUUCUUAUUUUUUCCUGGAAUUACAUGCACGGCCUUCUCAUGUCAAAUCGCUCUUCUAAUAUUCAAGUUUGAAGCACACCUUGGAUCCCAAGUAUUAUACUCAAUUCAUUAUACAGGGGAAAUUCACACUGACAUAAAGUUUAUUGUAGAAAUAGCAGAAAAUAAUUACAAUGAUAUUGGUGGGGUUUUUCGGGAAUACAUCAAAGAUUUAAAAAGCUAUUAAAAUUUUACAUUUUAACAAUGACGUCAUUUGCAAGCAAUUUUUCCCACAUUUUUUUAUGGUGUAAUAAAAAUUGUAAAUGAAAUGUUAUUUUCUUUUUAAAAAAUGAAAAUGGUUUUUAUUGUACCUUAAGUAUAUCAACAUACAAAUCAUUUCACAUCCGCUCCUGAAAGAAUUUUUUGGCAAUCAUGAACCACUGAUUAAAAAAUUGGAAUUUUGAAAAAAUUGUUGAACGGAAAUAAAAUCUAAAUCUAAAGUAUAUAUUUUGGUGCAUAAAAUACGGGGCCGCUGCUAGUAUAUGACGUCACAGAUCAAAACUCAAACUUCUAAUAACUUUCUUAAUUUUUGAUGGACUUUCCGCAAACCACCAAUAUAUUUUUCUGCUAAUUUUACAGUAAACCAUUUGUCAGGGUGAAUUUCCCCUUCAAAAUAGGUCGAUAGAAUGGUACCUAAGAAACACCUAUAAAUUAAAUCCCUGAUUCGCUACACAUUUCAAAAUUCAAGUUAUGCAAGUGGUUCAAAGAAAUCCCGAACUUGUCUUUUUCAGUGUGUUAAUAAUAGCACACAUUUGGUGUUUACAUUAAAAUUUGUUGGGUAUGUAUGGGAUGAAGUGCUGUUCUACUAUACGAACUGGCCCCGGAACUGGCCAAAAUAAAUCCUUUCAUCAAUCACUAAUUGAAAUCAUUUUGGCAUGAAAAUGUUUGAGUUUAAUCAUAUCAACGAUAAAGUAUAGGCCUAAAAUGAUGACAAAAAAUCCAUAUAAUAUCUAAUCAGUUCAUAAUACUCAUUUUGUCGAGAGGAGUCCAUUAUGACUGAUAUUAACCGGAAAGGCUCUGUCUUUUCCUUGUUGAUGUAGCAUGUCAUGAUCUUUACCUCUGUCAUUUAUGCCUCUGCCAUUUUUACCUCUGCUAUUAUUACCUCUGCUAUUUUUACCUCUGCCACUUUUACCUCUGCCAUUUUUACCUCUGCCAUUUUUACCUCUGCUAUUAUUACCUCUGCUAUUUUUAUCUCUGCCACCUUUACCUCUGCCAUUAUUACCUCUGCCAUUUUUAGUUUGCCAUUUUUACCUCUACCAUUUUACCUUUGCCAUUUUUACAUCUGCCAUUAUUACCUCUGCCAUUAUUACCUCUGCCAUUUUUACCUCUGCCAUUUUUACCUCUGCCAUUAUUACCUCUGCCAUUUUUACCUCUGCCAUGUUUACCUCUGCCAUUUUUACCUCUGCCAUUAUUACCUCUGCCAUUUUUACCCGGCACCGCAUAAAAAUUACUAUUGUGGUAACUUUGCCAUCCAAUGGUAUCUACCAUAGUAACCAUGAUCCAGUUGCGUACGCAGGGUUUUUGAAAGGGGGGGGGGUCAGAAUGAAAUGUUGACAACCAAAAUAAAAAAAAAGGUCUUCACCACAAAUUUUACGUAAUUUCGUACCUCUACAAAUUUGACAAGCGAAAAAAAAGGUCUUCAAGAAAAUAAGGGGGGUUGAAACCGUGUAUUACCACCCACUGCGUACGUCACUGAGAUGAUCAACAGCCAAUCAAAACCAAGGAUUCCACGACGGUGUCUCAGUCCAUGGACCUAUUUUGCUCAGUCAGACCGCAGGUCCCUAUGCUAAUGAGCAAAAAGGCCAGAUUCAUCCAAAUCAUCUCGUGGCUGAAUCCUCCUUGCAAAAUCUCGUGAUUCGUGAGAUUUUCUUUCUCUAAGAAUUUACCUGUUUUAACCUCAAGUUAAAUGAAAUAUUAUUGCACCAUCAGAUAGAGUAAAUGUUACUCUUUCAUAUUGGUUAUUUAUUUUGUAUACAACAUUUUGUUAAAUAAGUAAAUUUCUGGCCUGAAAAUGUGCCUCAAAACUGAAUUUUCUUCCUCUGUUUUCUUUUGCAAAUUGUGCAAAACUUUUUAUCUUGAGCCUCAAUGAUAUCUAUAUCACCAUAAAGCUGAACUUCUGUACUUUCUCCCAAUGCCACUCUUGAUAUGCGGCACCUUUUAAUCGGGUCAAGAUCACACUUUUCCCACCAAGGUACAAGACGAGAUUUCUGAAAUUUUGUACUUGCAUGAAAUCCAGAGUUCUGAUUGGCUGGAUAAGGUUCACAGAACAGGGGCGGGGUAUUUGAGGAGAUUACCACAUAGGAAGUGUGACCUUCCCAUGAACCCAGGCACUGGAACCGUUGGAAUUUGCCCGUGUGUGGUCUCUUUGACCAAUCAGAGUGCAGUAUUCUUGUUUUCAAGCUGCUUUAUUUUCUUGGCAAAUGAAAAGUGUGAUCUUGACCCGAUUAAACCAAUUCUUAUUUUGAAACCUAUAUCAUUUUAAAGCAUACAUAUUCAGCUUUGUCAUGAUCUAAAAAUCAUUUGGGCUCAAACAAAAAUAAAGUGUGAAAAUAGCAGCUUUUGUCAGGUGAAAAUAAUUGUUUUGUAGCAUAUUUUAGAUCAAAAUGUUAACCUAUAUUACAAAUUUUUUUAAUAAAUUCAAACACAUGACCUGAAAGAAUAAUUCUUCUUCUUUACAAUGAUACCAAAUUAAUAAAAUUCGAUGCACAAGUAGAGCAGCAAUGACCGAAUGAAAAGAGGUGUUUUGGUCCGCAUCAAGCUCAUUAAAUAUGCAAAACAUCUCAAGUCAUGAAUAUCACUUGGAUGAAAGAAGCCACUUUCUUGGGACCUGCCGUCUGACUGGUCUGCUUUCAUCGAGACUUCGUCAAUUUUAAGUAUGCGGCAGAACCUGUGAACUGAAGUAUACAGGGGCCGCGGAAGUAGGGGGGCUGUGGGCUGAAGCCCCCCCCCCCCCACUCUUUUUCCAAAACCGUGUACAAAAACGUAAACAUUACAAUGGGAUUGUGAUUUUUUUUGCUUGGUCAGCCCCCACUGUUGGCUCAGCACCCCCCCCCCCCCACUUUGAAAACAGUUCCGCGACCCCUUGUAUAUAUACUGACUAUAUAAUCAAUAACAUCGUGAAGAGGCUUUUAUUAAGACAUGUAAGAUGUACAUGUAGAGGGGACUUACCGUGUGUUUUUUUACGUGAAGUGUAUUUGGAGGAGGAAAAAUAUCUUCGAAUUAUUUUAUUGUAGCUCUAAAUUCAUGUUAACCUAUAGAAAAAAAAAAGAAAUUGUCCCAGUAGGAGCUGCCUAACCUGGGUGUUAGAUGCCCCCACUUUUUCAUUAAACAUGUAAAAAAAUGCAAUGUCCAUCGGAUUGUUUUCUUUUUAACCCACCGCCCCCCCCCCCACACACACACACAAACCCUUUUACACACACCCGCGCGAACAAACACAUUUUCAAAACCAUUCUGCAACCCCUGUCUAAUGUGCAUGUCAAAUUAAUUUCUUGUGAAACAUAGGCAGGGUAAACAGUGGCGUUUAUUUUCGAAUCACCCCUUUCAGGAUGUGUAGUUACUUUACAGAACGUUUCUGCCUAAUGUAUAUCAUUAUCAUCCUUAUCCUUAUAUCAUCUCCAUCUUCAUUAUUCAAAUCAUGGACAGAUAUUACCAUUCUGUUUUUUGUUUAUAAAUGUAUCAAUUUAAUGAAUUUUAAUCCAAGAUUGUCAUUUCUUUUUCAAGUAAUCCGCAUAAUACUUCUGCAAAUUGUGAUUUUUUUGAUAAUUGGUAGUAGAUCAUAUUUGUUUAGAAUCACGUAUGCACAACUCAGUGAUAUGCAAAUGAGAGAUUCGUUGAUGUCCCUCGCUCACUAUUUUCUUUUGUUUCGUUAUUGUUUGAAUUAUGCAAUAUUUCAUUUUUUUACAGAUUUGACAAUAAGACCAAAUUGACUGAACCAUAAAAUGUUAAAACAAUGGUAAUUCCACAUGUUCAGUGAGGAGAAAACUUUGUUUCGCAGGACAAUGAGCAUGAUGAUGAGGAGCAGAUCAGAAUAGACCUAUUUCAUAUGUCAUUAUAACAAAAUAUAGUUAUGGAAAUAGUGAUCUGGUUGACUUCAUCAGUCCCCUCAUUUCCAUACCGUCCAGGAUGUGCAUAUAACUGUUUUGUGAAAUCAAGCUUAACUUAAAAUGCCAUAACUUUCUUAUUUUACAUCCGAUUUUGAUGAAAUUUUCAUUGUUAUGCUUGUUGGAUUUUUCUCUUUUCAUUCAUAGCAACUUUGAGUUGGGGUGGACUUGUCUUUUAAUGGUUUCGGAGGGAAACUCUAAAAUUAGGCCUAAUGUUAAUAUUGGACUUAUUAAUGAUUUAUUCUUUAUAUUCUGAGAACUAGCAAUAAAUUGCUUUAUUCCGAUGAUACAUUAUUAUGAAUCAUAUUUUCUGAAUUCUUAAAAAUAUUUUACGUUUAUACUUUUUAACUUUUAAC